AUAAUUACAGACACUCUAAACUCUAAAUUCCAUUCAAACAACCGCGCUCAUUGAUAUCGAGCAACCAAUCAGUAAAUUCGUUUUCGUUCUUUGAAAUUAUGGGUUCCUUUGCAGAAGUUAUUUCGACGAUAACGUUCGUAUUCGCAGCAAUAUGUACAGUACAAGCGGACAGUUCUCAAUCAAACUACUCGUACGAUAUCACCAAAUCUCUGAGCAGCUGUAUUGCCAACUUAUUCUGCAAUGCAGAACCUGCUGAAGCUGAGAAAUUCAUCAACCGGACAGAAAACUGCGAUGGUAUAUCAUCUGAGUAUGAAGUAGCUCACGAAGAGGAACCUUUCCACAAUAAGUUAUUCUACAGGGUAGUUAAUGUCAGUGCUGCUAAGAGAAUCAUCGACUAUGAAAGAUCUCAUGUUGAAUUCAAAUUUCGAGACAAUACGAGGGAAGUGGCUGUAUUCUCGCCAAAAAUCCUUUACCAUAUACACAGCGAGGUUGGCGCUGUCAAAGACACAGUUUAUUCACGUUUCCAUCCAGUAUUAUACUUUCUGAAUUUAACGAUAAUCGCAACCAGGCGGUCGAAGAACUUCAACGAACCUGAUGAUGUUUCCUUGAAUUACACGUAUAGCUGGUCGAGCAUUAAUUUUAUGCAUAAAACAUGGUACUGCGAACAAAUAUCAAUAGAUAGAAAAGCCGAACUGGAGAAAUUAUUCACCACAGCUGUCCAAAGCAUGUUUUACAAAUACGUCAACGUAAAUUACAAAAACGCUCUAGACGAAACCUUUCUCAGCCAGCCAGAAAAAGAUCUAAAUUCGACUCAUCCGCAAUUUUUAACAAAUCAGCAACAACACUACUAUUUCAUCCCGAGCAUACCCUUCUACUGGUUCAAUUUACGCAACGUUAUCAUCAAAGGAUUAUGGAAUUUCUACUCGCUCGAUAUCAAUAAAACCUUAAGCGAUACAAUAAACACGCUUGAAGUGAAAAAUGUACGAGGUAGUCUGGUAUUGGAUUAUGGAUGCGAAACAGGCAAACCAUUAGAAGUUAAUUUCACCUCGGAGAAAAAUAUACGAGGUAGUUUAAUAUUGGACCAGGGAUGUGGUACGGAGAAACCACUAGAGCUCAACUUCAUCAUCGAUUCUUUUCUCAUCUCGAUUGAUUUCUUGAAAAAUGAAUCCAACGUGGAGGCAAGAGAUUACAAAGUCAUUCGUACAGGUUCCAAUAUUCCGAUAACUGAUCGUCAAGCCGCUUUAAUUAUGCGGAAAGUCGAAUCAGCUGUGGCACUUUUGAUAUGGCCGUCGAUGAAAACAUGGAAAACCAGUACCCAACCAUCAAACCUGUAUGAAAGUGAAAAUAUUGUAGAAAAAGCAUUCGCUGAAAGAACAGAGAAACCUGAUGUGAAAUCGUUGAAAAUACUUUUCAACAGAUGGAUUCCGUUCAACGAAAACUGAGCAUUGAAUUUUACGAAAAUGAUAUCCUACAGCAAGCAACCUCAAGAUCAAUUAGAAUAAAUCUUAUCAUUUAUUUUUGUAAAAAAAAAAUAUAUUUAAUAAUACU